UGGUCCUUUGAUUCGUCAGGUACCACUUUCAUUUUUACUGUUUAAACUCUUAGAGCAGCCACAUUCACAUUCAACUUGUGGGCAAAUGCCUAAUGGGGGGAUAAGAGGACUUGGCUGAGCAUCUCCGACUUUCCUUUCAAAUGGUUCUCUUGCCACCUCUGUUCUAGCUAAAGCCACGUCUUUGCUUCAGCUCCUCCUGGGUGAUUGAUUUAGCAGCCUUUCCCCAAGUCCCCAGUUAUGUCGCCUCUCCCAUUAACGUUAAUGAAAAUGCGCCUGCUGGCACUGAGCCCAGGGCUAAGAGAAGAUAAUUUCUUGCUGCUUUUCUCUGAGCUGUCUUGCAGUUUAUUUGUUAAUACCGUGUGGAGAAGAAAGCAGAUAAGCUGCUUUGGGCAUAAAUCAUGGCACGAAGGCGUUAGUUUCCUGUCGUGUAAAUGGCCACAGAACCAGGCUGCUCCAUGCAAAGGAGAAUGUGGUCCUUGGAUUACAUGGGAUCCUGUCACUUACUAUACUGCUCUGCACAUUGCUGUCCUCCGUAAUCAGUCUGACAUGGUAGAGCUGCUGGUGCAUCAUGGAGCUGACAUUAACAGGAGAGACCGGAUCCAUGAGAGCAGCCCUCUUGACUUGGCCAGUGAGGAACCUGAGCGGCUUCCCUGCUUGCAACGACUCCUAGACCUUGGGGCUGAUGUUAAUGCUGCUGACAAGCAUGGAAAGACGGCUUUGCUUCAUGCAUUAGCCAGUAGUGAUGGGGUCCAAAUCCAUAACACUGAGAACAUCCGGCUCUUGUUGGAAGGAGGAGCAAAUGUAAAGGCCACCACCAAAGAUGGUGACACAGUCUUUACAUGCAUCAUCUUCCUGCUUGGUGAAACAGUGGGAGGGGACAAAGAGGAAGCCCGCAUGAUCAACCGGUUCUGCUUUGGUGUCACUCAGCUGCUAUUGGCCCACGGAGCAGACCCUAGUGAAUGCCCACCCCAUGAAUCUCUCACCAAUAUCUGCCUGAAGAACUUUAAGCUACACUUUCCACUCCUACGCUUCCUUCUGGAAUCUGGAGUCCCCUACAAUUGCUCACUCCAUGGCCCGUCUUGCUGGUCUGGCUUCCAUAUUAUCUUUGAGAGACUCUGUUCCCAUCCAGGCUGUCCUGAAGAUGAUAGCCACUCUGAACUCCUGCAGAAAGCAGAGGCUGCUUUGGAGCUUAUGGUAGCUAGUUCCCAGAGAAUUCAGCUGCCUAGCAACUUUGAGGUCAACCCUAAGGGCUGCCUAGCAGAAAAGAUCAAGGCCCUCUAUUCCUCCUUAAAGCAACUAGAGUAUUGUCCCCCACCCCUCAAACAUUUGUGCCGUGUGUACAUUCGCCAACAACUCCGACCUUGGCCUGUGGAUGUCAAGGUUAAGGCCCUACCUCUUCCCGACAGGCUAAAGUGGUAUCUCCUCAUUGAGCACAGUGGUUCUAAUGAUGAUGAUGUCUGAGGUGGCCCAGCAAGCUCUUUCAUCUUCCAUUUGUCUUCCCCCAGCCCUGUCCUCCUCCCCCUCCCCUGGAUCUCUGAGAUUUCCCAGGUUGCAAGGCACAAUGGUUGGAGGCAGCUUUAACUUGACAAAUUGACCAUUUGUGCACAAAAUGAGUGUUAGGUCCCUGGGUUCUGGGAGGAGAGAGGGGGUAGCCCUUUUUCUCAUUUAUCUCCAUCUAAACACAGCUGAGAUUUGGGAAAAGACCUGGUUCUUCCUGGUGCUAGGAAAGAUAGGUGGGUAUUCCCUAGGGUUUCUGACUGGGGUGCUUGAUGAUAGAUGCUUCACUCAUUCCUAAUAUAAGAUGCAUUUUUGAAGGUGGGUUUGCCCCAUGGGCUGAAGAUUAGAUUCUAGGCCUGGGAGGUGCUAUGAUGUCCUUUUAUUUCCUCAGAUUUAAGUGGAAGAGGAAUUUACUUGCUGUGUAACAAGUCACUAAACUUCACCUCUAGAUAGUAUUGGAGGGAACAAAAAAGUCAGCCUAUGCUGGUAGACGACUGCUAUGAAACUAGGUUUUAGCAAGCAUUUGGUCUUCUAGGAGCUGUAGGAAAUUUACAUUCUUCCUGGUUGGAGAAGCCACAGUAAAAAGUAAUUUUAGGUAAUCCCUUCUAAUUUAAGGGACUUAAAGAAGUAGCCAGCCUCUUUUAAUAGCUAAAGCCCCAGAAAUUGGUUUUGUUUCAGGGUGAGAGGUAUGGGAGAGGGCAAAGAUAAGGUUGGUCAUGUAACCCUUUGCCCUCCCUCUAUUUUUUCACCAUGGGUUCUCUUAGCUGUUACUUGGCAGUUCCUGCCAAAGUGCCUUUUGGGUGGCAGGGGAAAAUAGCUACUGGAAACUUAUAUAAAUCCACUUACAUCCACUCCCAUGAGUGAAGAUAAGCUCAGACCUCUUUCUAACAGCACUGCAGAGAUAUGAAGCUGGGGGUGUUAGGUCACAAUGCAUAGGGCGUGAGCUACCUCACCUUGUCAGUGGGUAGUAGGUAGUAUGUACAAAACCUAACAUUAACAUGCUGAUAUUCUCCCUAACCCUAGUGCAAAUUAUGGUUAAAGUGCCAAAACCAGGAGCUCUUUUCACUACUGGAAAAUAAAGUGCUAUGUAUGAUACUACUUGUGUUUAAAAGCAAUUACAAGUGUAUUCAAGUAUGUGGCCUUUAUCAGUCAGUCUUGUCUUUGUGAGGAAAGCCUCAAGUAUGGGAAAUCACCAUUUAGUUCUGUUGUUAAGUCCAGACUGUGAAACUUCACUGCCAAAAUCCAUAGUCAUUGUUCUCCCCUCCCCCAAAAAACUACAAAACUUUUAAGUCAUGCUGGAUGUUUGAAGACGUAUAAAACUAUACUAUUAUACUGCACUGAUGUUUUGAGUAAUCUAAAAGCAAUUAAAUGAGAUCUUUUGUAAAAUUAAA